AUGAACCUCUGGACCCGGGGAGCUCCCAGGAUGGAUACUAAGUGCAUCUGCAGGCCUCUCUCCCCUGCACGGCCAGACAUUCUCCAGUCUGGCCUGUGCCAGGAAUACAUCACAGCACUGUUUGAGAACAUCACUGGGGUAAACAACAGGGCCCUUUGGUCUUCCUUGGCAAGAGCUCAGUCUCCCACAACGGCGGAUCAAAUGCAGUCUGUGAGCAACAAUAUGGCAAACGGAACAACAAUGCCCACUGCUCAUACUCCCACUGGAAGAGGAGUGCAGAGCAGAUUCACCAGAGAUGCUGACUCCUCCCAGGAAACUCCCGCCACGAAACGCGCCACAAGCCAGCAAACUAGCAAACCAGUCAACGCCACUAUGAUACAAAUGAACAGUACACUAGCUCCCAAUAAUGGCACAACUAAGCUACAAACCAAGCCAACAGACCCGGAGCAGGAUAAAGAUUUCACCUAUGAUUACGAGUCCCUGCGCUAUGCUGGACUGACCAUCGCAGCAGUUCUUUUCAUUGUGGGCAUCAUGGUCAUUGGCUGUGGCAGGAUCUGUCGGCUGCCCAACUGUCACAAGAAGUCAUCUAAGUAA